AUGCCUUCUGAGACGAGCUUUUGGAUCGUCAGUGUGCCGGUGCAGGAGGAGAAGAGCACCGAGCAGAUGUAUAAGGACCUAGAGUCCCAGCUGCUUCGUGACUCUGCCUGCGAGGCGGAGGACAUUGCGCCGCUUCCGAUGCCGGAGCUCAAGACCGGCACGCUAGAGUCGCUGAUUGUUAUGGCCGAAGACCUGCCAAAACUGGAGACGUUGUACUCUGCCAUCACGACGCGCGUGGUCGAUACGCUGCGUGCGCUUGUCAACGAUGACGAGCAGGCGCUCGAUGAGCACUUGACAUUGGACGGUCAGACCGUGGAAGACUAUCUGAUGUCGUGGCAGUGGAAUAGCGGCAAGUACCGUACGGACAAGUCGCUCAAUGAGAUCGUCGAGAUGCUGACCAAGGAGAUGCAGUCAAUUGAUCACGUUAUGAAGCAGAAACUCGCUGCGUACAAUGCAGCGAAGGGCCAGCUGCAGCAGCUGGAACGCAAGAAGCACGGCAACUUGACUGUCUGCUCCUUGGCAGAUAUUGUGCACAAGGACGAUAUCGUCGAUCCGAAUUCGGAGUUCCUUGUGACGCUCCUGGUCGUCGUGCCGAAAAACAAUACACAGGACUGGCUCAACAAGUACGAGCGUCUUACGUCGCUUGUGGUCCCUCGCUCAUCGUCCCAGCUGGCGCAGGACGACGAGUAUGUGCUCUACAAUGUGACCGUCUUUAAGAAGGUCGAGGAUGAGUUUAUUCAGAAAGCGCGGGAAAACAAGUUCCAGGUGCGUGACUUUGAGUGGGACGAAGGCCUAUUGGAGCGUGAGCGCCAGGAACUCUACGAGGCGGGCGUCUCGGAGAAAGAGCUCUGGACCGAGCUUCUGCGUCUGAGCCGCAUCAACUUUGCCGAGUCCUACCAGGCGCUGAUCCAUUUCCGUGUCAUCCGGACGUUCAUCGAGAGUGUUUUGCGCUUCGGUCUGCCUGCCACAUACUUUGCCGCGAUCGUGGAGCCUACGCCACGUAAGGCCAAGACACUGCUCAACUCGCUGGUGAGCCACUACAAGUACCUCCACGAGUUUAUCGCGCAGUCGGAGAAGCGUCCCACGGACAAUGCGGCGUCGGCCCACCAAGACACUCCCGGUGAAUUUGUCAAUAUGCUCGAGCAAGAGGUGUUCCCCUUUGUGCUUACUGAGCAGCCUAUGAUCACAGUAUAG